AGCAUCUGGACAUCUGGCAGCACAGAGGAGAAGAAGAAGAAGAAUUUGGAUGUAUGGAAAAGUUCUUCAUAUCAGAGGAAAAGACCGAAAAAGCUCCGUAGAAGAAGAGUGGAGGACUCCGCGCCCUCAGCGAGGAGAAGUUAACGUUAAGUUCUAUUUCCUAACGGGACGGAGAGCCGAGCAGCAGGAAUGUUACCGCUCGCCUGGUGGACACAGAAAAUAUGAAGCAGAGCGUGCUGUCAUCUCGCAACUUCUUCUAAAAUGUUAUCAGCCAACACACACGUGAUCCUGACGGUUUACCUCAAUGACACCCAGCAGAUGCUAACCGAGGUCCCGGUUACCCCGGCGACCAGGGUGAUUGACGUGGUGGAGUACUGCAAAGAAGCCGGGGAGGGGGAGUGUCACCUGGCUGAAGUAUGGAAUGGGCACGAGCGAGUUCUCCCUCAGGAGGUGUUAUUGUUGGACCUCCUCCAGCAGUGGGGAGCCAGGAGGCCGGAGGUCGGCUUCUACCUCCGACACUGCCCCUCCUGGACGCAAGGAAGUCCGCAGUCUUUGGAGCAGAGCUCGGCCACGGAGGCAACACAGAGUGCUGACGACAAGGUUCCCCGUGUGGAGCUGACCCUCUCUGAGUUGCAGGAAAUGGCCACAAAACAAUAUCAACAAAUAGAGGCUCAGCAACAGAUGUUGGUUCGCCAAGGUAAUGAGCAGAGACUGAGGUACCUUCACCAAGGAGGCAGAUUGAACCAGGCACAGACUCAGUCUGAAGCUGAGAAGCUGCAGCGGCUAAAGGAGCGGGUGGAGACUCAGGAAGCCAAGCUGAAGAAGAUCCGAGCCAUGAGAGGACAAGUGGACUACAGCAAACUGAUCAACGGAAACCUCUCUGCAGAGAUCAACCAUGUGAGCAGCCUGUUCCAGGAGAAGCAGGCCGAGCUGCAGUCCGCCGUGGUCAGAGUAGACCAGUUGAGCCAGCAGCUGGAGGACCUGAGGAGAGGUCGCCUACAGCUGCACCCGGCUGCGCCGGCUCAGGGGCCACACGCCGGCUCCCAGGGGGCGACCGCCGGCCAGAGGGGAUCCCCCCUGUCCGGCCCCGCGGCCCUGGAGCUGAGGAAACUCUACCAGGAGCUGCAGGCCCGCAACCGCCACAACGUGGAGCAGAGCAGCAAGCUGGCGCAGAACAAGGAGCUGCUGAACAAGAGGAACGCCCAGGUGACGGUGAUGGAUCAACGCAUCGGAGACCUGAGGGAACGCCUUCACAAGAAGCGAGCCGAACUGAGCCGCAUGAACGGAGGAGGCCCGUCCUCGCCUCAGGCCUCCGCCCACCCGGGCGCUGCGGUUUCGGGGCGAGUGGCGGCCGUCUGCCCCUACAUCCAGGUGCCGGCAGAGGGCAGGCAGGAGGCGGGCCACGGCCCGGCAGCGGACCCGCCGCCCAAACCCACGCCGCUCGGCCACGUCCGCUCCCUCUCAGAAGAGGACAGGAGUGGCGGCAGGAAGCCUCCCGGCCAAUGGAAAGAGUCAGAUUUAGACAUCGUCCUGUCGAAGCCCACUGAGACGUGGGAGGGUCCUCGGCCCCCUCAGGGGGGAGACGGUAACCACACUAACGAAGCGUCGUGGCCGAGCAUCAGUAAGAACGCGUUGGAUUGGAGGACCAACGGUCCCGAACAGCCUCCCUCUGGUUACGGUACGUACCCCAGUGCCACCCACCAGGCAGCAGGGCAUCCGUGCGCCACCAGCUCCCUGCCCCGCUCCGCCCCCGGGACCCUGGGCUGGCCCCGAUCCAAUGCUGCAAAUACCCCUUCAUCCUCUUCCUCCUCCUCUUUACAAGAAAUACACCAACGCGUCUCCAUCCCUCAAAGUCCAAUUCGAGGCUCCGCCUCCCAGCCGUCUCCCUUGUCCCCGCAAACAGAGCGAACGGAUCCCCCCCCAGCGGUGGCUGUACGUCCUUAUGUCCCGGACCACCCCUCCAGACCCCAGUCCCCCAGGAAGGGCCCCGCCACCAUGAACAGCAGCUCCAUCUACAGCAUGUACCUCCAGCAGCCGCAGGCCAAAAGCUACGGCUCCCUCAGCAACCGGACCGCUGUCAAAGCAGUUUACGGUAAACCCAUCCUCCCCACCUCCUCCACCUCUCCGUCCCCCGUCCCUUUCCUUCAGGGGGGAGGAGGAGGAGGAGGAGGAGGAAGAGCGGGGAGAGAGGAAUUUACGGAUAAAGAAGGAGGGAAGGGAGGAGGCGAGAGCGGCGAUGGGCAAAUCCUCCCGCCUCCCACCGUGGACAACAUCCCUCGUCCCCUAAGUCCCACUAAGCUCACCCCAGUAGCCCACUCCCAGCUCCGUUACCAGAGCGACGCUGACCUGGACGUCCUUCGCCGUCGCCUCAGCAACGCUCCACGGCCCCUGAAGAAACGCAGCUCCAUCACGGAGCCCGAGGGCCCACAAGGGCCGAACAUCCAAAAACUGCUGUACCAAAGGUUCAACACGCUGGCCGGCGGCAUGGAAGGAGGCUCAGCCAAUACCUUCUACCAGCCUGACUGUAUUUUGGGCGAAAUGGACAACUUCCAUUCGGCAAAUGGAAGCGUAGAACCUUGUGACAAGCACGUCGCUGCCGGAGCGGCGGAGAGCGAGGCUCGAAACUCGGGCUCCCGCCGCUCGUCCCCUCCCGUUUCUAUAGAGACACCCAAAGAAACGACGGCAAAAGCAGACAACGGCGUUAAUGUGUCCCCGCCCGCCCAAACCGGGCCCCCGCCGGCAACUGAGCGGCCAGAGGACCAGAACAACAACAACAAAAGAGGAUCCAGUCCUGCACAAAACUCUGCAGGCCCCGCCUCCCCCUCUCCAUCUCCCCUUGCCCCCCCUUCUCUGCCCAAGGUGAAGCGGACUAACCUGAAGAAGCCGUCGUCGGAGCGAACGGGCCACGGCCUGAGAGUGAAGUUCAACCCGCUCGCUCUGCUGCUGGACGCGUCGUUGGAGGGAGAGUUUGAUCUGGUGCAAAGGAUUAUUUAUGAGGUGGAAAAUCCCAGCAUGCCCAACGACGAAGGCAUCACUCCUCUUCAUAACGCCGUCUGCGCCGGCCAUCACCACAUCGUCAAGUUCCUGCUGGACUUUGGAGUCAAUGUGAAUGCGGCCGACAGCGACGGAUGGACUCCUCUGCACUGCGCGGCGUCGUGCAACAGCGUCCACCUCUGUAAGAUGCUGGUGGAGUCGGGCGCCGCCAUUUUCGCCACAACAAUUAGCGACGUGGAGACGGCGGCGGACAAGUGUGAAGAAAUGGAGGAGGGCUACGCGCAGUGUUCUCAGUUCCUCUACGGCGUCCAGGAGAAGAUGGGUGUGAUGAACAAAGGCCUGGUCUACACUCUCUGGGACUACACGGGCCAGCAGGCUGACGAGCUGUCCUUCGGCGAGGGCGACGCCCUCAGCGUGCUGCGUCGGCGUGACGACACUGAGACGGAGUGGUGGUGGGCGCGGCUUAACGACCGCGAGGGAUACGUACCCAGAAACCUGCUGGGGCUGUAUCCAAGGAUCAAACCCAGACAACGCUCACUGGCUUAAAGCCCAGAUCAGGAGCCACGUGCACGCUCGCAGAGGCCGCACGCACAGCAGAAGAGGCACGGCGGCAUGUGGGCGUCAGCCGAGGAGGAUAGGACAAAGGGUGGAGGUAGUCGGGAGGCGAGGCCGGAGCUCACCACCCUAAUGAAGCGCCGCGUUCCCGUUUGUUUGGACGCUGCGAGAACUGAGACACUUUAUGGUAGAAUCACAAAUAUAUAUUUUCACUGAGUUGCCGCAGUAAAAAGAAAUUUGCCUCGAUCUCAUUUGCAGCAACGGUAGUUUGGCAACUUCACACGACUUCAUUCGCAUGAGAGGAGCUGAGUAGAAAAGGAAUCGGAUGCAGCUGCGUGCUCUUUGAGCUCCUCAAGGCUCUACCCGACAUUCAUCUCAAUAAUGCCACUUUAUUUUUGUACGGUGUUAAUUGGAAACUGCGGCGGCGUGGUCAGCGGACGUAGCGCGUUGUACGGAAACACUUUUUCCACUGUGGUGAGAAGAUUUAAAUGCAGUGCUGCAGUUACUGGAUCGGCUGAAUGUGUGCGUGAGAUGUGAAGUACGGGAGAGGAAAGUGAGAGGACGGAAACUCUGACGGUGUGUUCAAGGAAGUCUGUUUUUUCAGGUUUUUUAAACGGAGCAGCGUUUCAAGAACAAUGAUGGAGGUGCAACUCCAGUUUCUAAGAAACAAAAUCCAGCGAGCUUUUGAUGCAUGGCGGCUCGGGUCCACAUCGACCCACGCAAGCACGAACAGAUGUUGGCAAUAUAAUAUCAUGGCAUGGUAAAGAAAAAAAAAAGGUUUUGUUUGAACUGACAUCAAAAGAGUAUUUUAAAUCAAACUUUUAAAAAUGACAGACGAUGCACAUGUUGAAUGGUUUAGGAUGUCUGAACCGUUUACUACUAGUAUGUAUUCAUGUCGCCUCAGCGGCGCUGCAUGCUGUCAUAGCGACAUCUGUUCAACUGCAAGAUGGUUGCUGCUGGGAGGAGAGGAGGGAAUAGGAGGAAAGAAGGGAAACUAGAAAGUGAGAAAUGUGUUUGUGAAAUGAAAUCGCAAAACCAAAGCAGCUACAAGGUGAAGAGGAGGAGGAAUCGAGUAUAUAUGAUCCUCAUGGUUACUAUAGCUUUUUGGGGGGGGGAGGCUGAUAACAGGCUGUAACACUAACAAUAUUAUAAGAAAAGCAAAUUUUGAACACAUGAGGAACCUAAAGUGUGAAAAUCAUCUUUUCAACAUAAAUAUUGCUAAUUGAUGAAAUGUAUUAAUCCCCAGGUUGGUUUGCUUUAUUCGAGCAACUUCUUUUGUAUGUUUGUCAGUGGUGACGUCACUCACUGCUGCCCCCCAGUGUUGGGAGGAGGCUCUCACACUUUCCCUUUGACAUGCUGUGUAAAAUAUGAGGCGAUAGGUUGAGUGACGUUUGGAGUGUGAAUGGCACAUCGGUGUGAGGGGUGCAAACCAUUCAUUUGGUGUAGAUGCAUUCUGUUAAUGUAUAUUAACAAUAACAAUGACAAUAAAGAUAUUAUAAUCCCUA